CCAGGCGGGAGAGGGUGGGCGCGAGGCCAAGGCUGGGGCUUCAUGCAUUUCCCCUCCCAGUGGUGGAGGGCGACAGUGCCCCGCCACCCUCCUCUUGAGAGCUGUCCAAAAUCUCUGUGUCCCUUACCCGCUGGUACUUUACAGCGAGGUGAUUAAGGCCACGAGGAACCCAGAGGCAAGAGAAGUGAGAACCCUGACCCUUGACCCCUCUGCAUCGAGCCAAUAGGAACCCAGUCUCCGUAUUUCCUUCCUUGCAGGCCACCAUGACAGAGCUACAGGAGGUGCAGAUCACCGAGGAAAAGCCACUGUUGCCAGGGCAGACAAUCGAGGUGGCCAAGGAGGCUGAGUUAGCUGCCCGAAUCCUCCUGGACCAGGGACAGACACAUUCUGUGGAGACACCUUAUGGAUCUGUCACAUUUACUGUGUAUGGAACCCCCAAACCAAAACGCCCAGCGAUACUUACCUACCAUGACGUGGGACUCAAUUAUAAAUCUUGCUUCCAGCCGCUGUUUCGAUUUGGGGAUAUGCAGGAGAUCAUUCAGAACUUCGUGCGGGUUCAUGUGGAUGCCCCUGGAAUGGAAGAUGGGGCUCCUGUAUUCCCUUUGGGAUAUCAGUAUCCAUCUCUGGACCAGCUUGCAGACAUGAUCCCAUGCAUCCUUCAGUACUUAAAUUUCUCCACAAUCAUUGGAGUUGGUGUUGGAGCUGGGGCUUACAUCCUGUCACGAUACACUCUUAGCCACCCGGAAACAGUCGAAGGUCUUGUCCUGAUCAAUAUUGACCCCAAUGCCAAGGGUUGGAUGGAUUGGGCAGCCCACAAGUUAACAGGUCUCACCUCCUCCAUUCCGGAGAUGAUUCUUGGACAUCUAUUCAGCCAGGAAGAGCUGUCUGGAAACUCUGAGAUGAUACAAAAGUACAGAACUAUCAUCACACAGGCUCCCAACCUGGAAAACAUUGAACUGUAUUGGAGCAGCUACAACAACCGCCGAGAUCUGAAUUUAGAGCGUGGAGGUGAUAUCACUUUCAAGUGCCCUGUGAUGCUGGUGGUAGGAGACCAAGCACCCCAUGAAGAUGCAGUGGUGGAAUGCAAUUCUAAACUGGACCCUACACAGACCUCUUUCCUCAAGAUGGCUGACUCUGGAGGUCAACCCCAGCUGACUCAGCCAGGAAAGCUGACUGAAGCCUUCAAGUAUUUCCUACAAGGCAUGGGCUACAUGGCAUCAUCCUGCAUGACUCGCCUGUCCCGAUCACGAACAGCCUCACUGACCAGUGCGGCAUCCUUUGAUGGCAACCGGUCCCGCUCUCGCACCCUGUCUCAGAGCAGCGAGUCUGGGACGAUGCCUUCAGGGCACACCAUGGAAGUCUCCUGUUGAGUGGCGCUUGCUGCCCUGGUGUGGAGCCUGGCCCUCCUCAUCUCCCACAUCACUAACCUGGGAGGUGCAUAGGGUGUCAGGCCAGAGUGAGCACAAGAAGAUGGGCAGAUCAUGUGGGAGAUGACCUUGAUCUUUGAUUGCUACCCUAACCUUGACCUCUAACUUGUGAUUCCCCUCAACUCCUGUGAGAGAUGUCCUAAUAUCUCUUAGGGACCCAGACCCCUAAGGUUCUCUUGCCCUCAUUUUGGUGUUAAUGUGGAGAGAGUAGAGAACCUCUCUUCCUAAUUUAGGUGUCCAUAGAGGAAGAAUGAGAGUUGUCUGUGGCAUCUCCACCAGAUUCUUUCCUCUUUAUCCUAUAUUCCUGGGGUAGGAGAUUUGGGGCUGGAGCUCCAUUCGCCAAAGCUGAAAUGAUAUUGUGUGGACCCUUAGAUCCUUUUUAAAGCGUGUGGGUCUAAAUGAAUGUGUGCUAAGGGAGACUUGCUGAUGGGUCAGUGGGUCGCAUCAUAGGACAGACCAUCCCAUGUGUGAAACAGAAGUUGGAAUGGUAGAAGAUGGACAAUGAGCACACAUGAGGGAAAGACUAGAACUGGGGUAGUAGGAAGGGGCCUGGGGCCAAUGGCUGCACUAAUCUUGGUAGUUAUCUAGACAGCGUGUGUCUAGAGUGGGAGGGGGGAGGGUGCCAAGCUAAGACAGGGCUGCUUGGGGCUUGGCCUUGGGUGGGAAGGGCUAUCUUGGGGCUCUGACCACGUGUGCUGUGUGUGGAGGGUGCCCUCCUGUCUCCCACAACUUCUGCUGUAACAAUAAACUUAAAGGAAUCUUAAAACCAU